GGAAAUUAUCAGUCAACGUUCAGUGUUCACAUCCGAAACAGUUCGCCUACUACUUCAAACAAUCAACAUGACAGGACGAGGCAAAGGAGGAAAAGGUCUGGGAAAAGGAGGCGCCAAGCGUCAUCGUAAAGUGCUCCGUGAUAACAUCCAGGGUAUUACCAAGCCUGCCAUCCGUCGGUUAGCUCGCCGAGGUGGUGUAAAACGUAUUUCCGGUUUAAUUUACGAAGAGACCCGAGGAGUCCUGAAAGUGUUCCUGGAAAACGUGAUCCGUGACGCAGUCACAUACACAGAGCACGCCAAGAGGAAGACCGUCACCGCCAUGGACGUUGUAUACGCUCUUAAACGACAGGGCCGUACUCUGUACGGUUUCGGAGGUUAAGAAUCUCAUCGAUGGUAUA